UCAAACCUUGUUCGUAUUUGUUAUUAUUGUUAUCGUAUCAAUGUUUGAUUUUCACCUUUUUUUAAAUAAAAUUUUGUGAAUAUCGAAGGAAAAAUACCAAAAGACAAAUGUGAAAAAAAGUAGACCGCUUAUCUUCUUCGAUGUGAAUGUGUUGUUACUUUUUUUAAUAAAGAAUUUUGAUUAUCUGACAUUAACAUUGAAACAGAUAGAAGUUCUAACACUAUCAAUUCAAUGAAUGAAUGUGGCGGAGAGUGAUGUUUGUCAGCGCAACAUUUAUUUGAUUGAAUAUGUAUCGUGUUAGAGAAUUGAAUAUUUAAAAAGAAAGCUAAAAACAUCAUCAGCACGUCUCAGUAGACAUUUUUUUGCGUCUUUAAUUAUUCGAUUUGUUUUAGUAAUGGAAAAUGAUCACAACUAGUUCGGAAGAAUCAUUAAUCGAUGUACAAGGAAGCAGUGGAAGCCAACCGGAAGGCUCUAAUUCAGACUUGGUUCGAUUGGAUAAUGAAAAUCUUGAUGAUAUUGUAAUUGAUUAUUUAAUUGAUUCUGAACCAACAUCCGCCAUACUGAGUUUUUGUCAACGCAAGUUUUUGCUGCCGUAUGUCUACAUAUUAAGUUUGGUGGGUUUACGUCCCAUUACGAUUGAUACAUCUGAUUUGGUCGCAUAUUUGGGUCACAUUCAAACGGUAUUCGUUGUUGUUAUUUUAACCACAGGAUAUUUCAUACAAUAUUUUUCGUACUUUCGCCGCGAUCGAGGAUUUACGAAUACAACGUAUCCACCGAUCGAGCCACCACUCCAAUUUUCCUCACCAAAACAAGUGACCGCAUACUAUGGAGAGACAAUAUUUGUAUAUGGUGUAUCGAGCAUUUUACACUUUUGUGGAUUUUUAGCAUCGACAUAUGUAUUCCGGAUUGCUGACAAUGAACAACUUCAAAAUCUGGUUGAACGCGUUUUCAUUUUACACAAUUUUCCCAAUAAAUUAAUCUACAUGUUAUGGUCACAUAUUGCAUGCGGUAUUUUAUGGUUAACGCUCAUGACCUCGCAUCUAAUUGUUAUGGAAACUGAUAAUAUUGACGUUAUGAAAAUUAUAUGGCUCGGUGAACCAACCGCAAAUACACAAACAAUUGCAAAAAUUUUGCUAGUUGUAACAACAUUCGCUCAGGAUCUUCUACAAGUUAUUGUUUUAACAAGCUAUUCAAUACAAUGCUAUUUACUUCGACGAUACAUAUCAAUAUUGCAAGCAAAAUUAUUACAGAAUACCAUUGAUUCUUUGGACUGGAUGCGAGAAAUGAGCGAAUUUCGGAAACUGCUCUCUCAUUUGAAUACAAAAGUGGCCAUGCCUGUUUGUCUCUUCACCAUAUUGAAUCUAUCAUAUACUUUCUCAUCAAUUGUGUACUUUAUUAAAAUUUACAAUCAAUUUACCAACAACAAAAUCGUCAUAAUGGCCGUUAUAAAUAUUUUACUAUGGCUCAUCUUAGGCCUUUACCCAUUUUUCCAAGCAGCCGCACUAACUUAUGCGUGUGAAUCAGCACAAACAUGUGGUCAUCAAGUACGAAUCAAGCCAUAUGUACACUAUAAUACAUCUUUAGAAGAGCUCAAUUCAAUCCUUUUAUAUGCUUCAUCGCUACGUAUGAGCGCAAAACUUUAUCGAAUGCCAAUUCAUGGCAGUUAUGUUUUUUUCAUUAUCUUAUGCAUAGUUGUAUCAACGCUUACAUUUGGGAUGUGCCUUAAUAUUUCUCUUGGUAUUGUUCAGCCGUGAUUCCUGUUAAAAUUUAAAAAUAAUAAAAAAAUACAUUGAUUCGUUAAACUUAA